AUGGGUGAAAGCCACAUCGCGUAUGGAAUUGUUGCACAUUCAACAGAAACCUACCAAAUACAAAUCCUGAUUUGCACUGUCGAGACUCAAUCUGCCACGCAACGUCCAGCUAAAGCCCAAGUGAGACACACAGCGGCCACUCCUAUGGCAAAUUCCUCCUCGGCAUGGCAUCAUCCAAUACACCAGCAGCCCGAGGUUCAUUUGCCUCUUCAGCAAAUUUCGACCUCACUUCCUUACAAUCUGAAUGUAGAAACACCUUCCCAUAACGAUGCAUCAUCAUAUUCUCAUCCUCCAACCCCUGCUCCCACAUCAUUUUCAUCGCAAACUGCUCAAUUAUUUACCGCAUCUACAUCUUCUCCUACAAAUCCUUCAACUUCGUCGAACUCUCAAGAUUCUCAUUCGACUCCUAUGAGCAUUUUCUCAACAACUUGGGCAAUUUGGUCCCGCCGUCCUACAGAUCCUAAUCUUGCACCAGGUCUCGUCUUUUCCUCACGUAUACAACCGCCUGAUUAUAUCGUGAGAGACGCACUGGAUAUUAGAACACCACCUGCAUCUCCUACCAAGGAGGCUACACCUUUACCUGGUUUAGAAUCGCAGCAAACCCAAGAAGAUGUAGAGUGGGCGGUGACUGACUGUGUACCCGAGCCUGCUGUGGUGCUUCUGCUGGCAGCAUCUGUUGCAUCCUCGGAAGAAGCCUCCACUACCGCAACCGCUACACCUAGCACGACACUACCUGGCUCUCCUGCAAGCAGUACCACAUCUAUAUCUGUUUCCGCUCCUGCUGGUUCAUUCAAAGAUACCUCUUCUGAAUACACCGAAGCUCCUACUUCACUGGAGCUUGCGCUUAUAUCUGAUGUCGCAGCCAUACCAAGGAUUCCUACGUCUUCUAUUGUUGGAUUUUCAGUACCGGCGGACCCUAUCGGCAGUUCUCAAGGAGGUGGACAGGCCAUUCCAACAGGUGAACGCGCUGAGCUACUUGCCCUGCUGAGCUCUGACGUCCAGCCUCCAUCUUACUCAGGGCCUGCAUCAUCGGGAAUCUCAUAUGCUGCUAUAUUGAUUUCAAAGCCAGCGGGACUGAUUAACACCGGAAAUAUGUGUUUCGCCAAUUCCGUUCUUCCGCUGCUUACUUAUUCACCUCCCUUCUUCCGCCUUUUUCCUGAACUGGGUCGUAUUGGUGCGGAGGAUGUGAAGCUGACAAGCGGGGUGCAGGUCCCGUUGGUCGAUGCUACGAUCGAGUUUCAACGGAGUUUCGAGGAUCGCAAGGCGAAGCUAGAGGAGGAGAACAAAAGCAAAGGCAAAGAACGCACGAUGACGCCUCAACCUGAGGAUGACCUUUGUCCUUUCCUCCCAACAGGCAUUUACGAUGCGUCAAAGACCAAGAAACAAUUUGACUCCAUGCGAGGUGGGCAACAGGAAGAUGUGGAGGAAUUCCUUGGAUUUUACCUCGAGGGCUUGGAGGAGGAGUUGACGAUGUUGACGGAGACAUUGACACAUGGAGAAAGUGGUACUGUUCUCGAGGGAAAAAACAAGAGAAGGGAGCUACUGCGGUAG